AUGAACAUUUAUUUUUUUUUAAUAUGUUUUUUUGUUUUCGCAUGUAUGUGUGAAUGUAGCACUAAUGAUUAUACGUUCAAAGAAAUAUUUUUAAAACAUAAAGGAUCCUAUUGUUUAUAUCCUGAAAAUGCUAUAGAUAAUACAAAAUUCGACAUAGCUUUAGAUGAAUGCGAUAAAAUAUCGCAUGAACAUGAGGGGAAAAUAUCUUGGUUCCUUUCCCCUAACGGAAAAUUGAGAACCAAAAACGGAUUAUGUUUAAAAACUCACAAAAAUUUUUUAGUAGCUUCAAUAUGUUCCCCUAAUAAUGAUGAAAAAUCAGAAAUAUGGAAUAUAGAUCAUGAAAAAAAACUAAAAAACGAAACCGAUGAUUGCGCACAACUAGCUGGAAAUAAAAUAUUCUCAUUUAAAUGCAAUCCCUUGUCUACUAAGGAAUUUGAAAUAGUACCAUUUUCCUUAGGUGAAUUAAAUUUAAUGAAAAUAAGAUAUACACAUAAAAAAUUAAUAAAUGUGAAUGAAAAUACAAACAUAAAUAAAUAUGAUACAAUAAUUAAUGAUUAUGAUCAAAUAAAAAAUAAAAUAGACAACAUAUUAAAUACAGAAAACGAAAUGAAAAAUGAAAAGGAAAAAAUAAUCAAUUUGAUAAAUGAUAUAAAAUCAUUAAUAAGUAUAACAUCUCCUUUAAAUAAUUAUGGGAAUGGUGCAUUAAUGUAUAUAUACGAUAUUAAUGAUAUAGAUAAUACUAAAAGCUUACUACAAGUACCUUUAGAUAAAUUACAGCUUGAUCGCACAAUUUUAAAUGAAUUAGGAAUUGAAAAUAAAAAUGUAAAAAUUAUAAUACACACCUUUCUCAGUAUACCAAAGAAUAAUUACUAUACAUUCGUGGCAAAAAGUGUUACAGGAAAUUUAAUAGUUAAAUUAAAUGGUAAUAAUAUAUUAUACAUUCAGAAUGCACAGCAUAAUAAAACUAUUACUAGCGAGGUUUUAUAUUUACCAGGAAGCAGCUUACUACCAUUACAUAUCGAAAUAACAUCUACUAGAGAAGAAACAUAUAACAAUAGUUUUGAACAAGAAAAUAUAUCCUUUUCCAUAUUUUGGAGUAGUAAAAAUAUUCCUGAGCAAAUCAUAAAUUCGCUAUAUUUGUAUAUGACAAUAUUUGAAAAAAAUUGCUAUAAGCCAUAUCAAAAAAAAAUUUAUUGUUCGACAACAUUCGAAAGUAUAGCGAUUAAAAAUCAGCCAUUUCAUUUAUUAUGUCCAUUUGGAUGUUUAGUAAGUGAUAAAAGUGAUCAAAAUUCUUUAUAUUCUACCAAAAGUGAUACUGUAAUUUCUGAGCAGGCAGAUAAAAAUGGAAGAUGUCUGAAUCUGAAGGAAAAAAUAUGCGAAUCCGCUGUGCAAUCAAAUUUUUUAUCCAAUGAAACUGAAGGAAUCGUAAAAAUUAUAGUCAAAAGUAUACAAAACGAGUCAGGAAAUUAUGAAGACUGUGGUAUAUUAUUACCAAACAAUGCCUAUGAUAAUUCAUUUAAAGGAAUAACAGAUAUAAAAUUAGUUGAUAUGGAUGAUUUUUUUACAAAUUUUAAUUCUAAUAAAGAUAUUUAUUUAGGUUAUAAAGGCAUUGUAACAGAUGAUAAACAUUCUCUAUUAACAAAAAGAGAUUUGUCUAAAAGGUAUAUUUCAGAUAUAGAUAUAAAUUGUGAUAAUAAUAUAAAAAAUGAUUAUGAAUUUAACUCCGGUUCAUUUGUAGUAAAAAGAAUAAAAUCAUCUGAUCUAAAAAAUGAACAAACUAGUAUAGUAAUAGACACAUUUGCAUUGUUUGAUAAAUAUAGUAUCAACAAUACUGAUGAACAAAAUUCGAAUAUCCCUAUAAAUUUUUCUGGAUGGACACGAAAAAUUUGUAAAAAUAUUCAAUUAUAUAUUAAAUAUGGGAAGAUAAAUAAUGUUAUGGAUUACCCUUCUUUAUUAUUAUCAUGUAAUUAUACGUUUGAAAAUAUUACUCUCGAUAAUAAUCAAACCAUAGUUGCACGAUGCUUACCAAAUUGUUUUAAUCAAAAAAAUGAUAUCUUUGGUUCUUAUAUCUAUGCGCCACAUUCCCCAAUAUGUAAAUCUGCUAUACAUUCUGGUAUUAUUACAAACUUAGGAGGUUUGAUUGAAAUAACAAAACUUACAAAUAUUACUCAGUCCUUUAGUACUACAAUUGAUAUCACUAGAAAUGGCGUUAAAGCUAUUAUAACGGAUAAUAAAAACAAGGAUUCCUAUUAUUUAACAAAACCAAAUGGAUCCAUAUGCAAUUAUCCAACUACUUAUUAUAAUAGAAAUCAAUCCAUAUCAUCACAAAAAAAUAAUGACCUAAAUAAAACAUUUCCUUUUUUUAUCCAAUUAAAUUCCAAUACAUUCAAAAUACCUCCAGUAGUUUUAGUUAAUAAAAAUCACGCUGCUUUACAAAACCAGUUGUAUAAUAUGCACAAUUGGUAUAACACCGAAAAUUAUAAAAAAGAAAAUAAAUUCAUACCGCCUGAAAAUGGGAAAGAAAUACCAAUUCAGAAAAAAAUGAAAGAAAACAAAAUUAAUAUAAUAAGCCCCAGUUCAGACAUAAACAAUAAUUUGAAAAAUGAAAUAAAGACAUUUGAGCAAAAUUACAAUAGAGACCAAUUUAAAGCUUUGCAAAAAAAUAAUCAAAAUAUAUUUUCUAAGUUAUUUAAUAAAAAAAACAAUAUAAAUAAUUUCCAUAAAAUACUAAAGGAUAUAAGAAUAGAGCAAAAUAAUUAUGAUUCUUUUCUUAAACAAGUGGAAGCAGACAAUUUUACAUUAAUCAAAAAAUUUGAUAUUAUUACGGCAAAAAAGAAAUAUAUCAUAGAAAUAUUACAAAAGUCUUUAAAAAAUAUUAAAAUCAUGACAGUUAAAACGUUUGAAGAAACAUAUGAUUCUGAAAAUGUUAAUGAUAAUUACUAUGUAAUGGAUAAUAAUGAUGCUGAAAAAAAUUACACCACUAAUAAGGGCGUGAAUAAUGAAAACAUGGCAUCAAAUUGGAGAAUUGAAAAAUACACAAGUGGGAACUAUUUCUCAUCUAUAACAAACGACAGUCUUGCAAAAUCAAAUCACCAUAUAUAUGCAUCCUAUGUACUUUAUAAAUAUAUUAAAUUGUCUAGAGGGUUUAUAUCUUUAGAUGUGAAAAUACCAUACGAAGGGGAUUUUGGAAUUAUUUUUAAAUAUAAAGAUUUUAAUAAUUAUGUCAAUUUGAUUAUUAAUAAAAAUGAAAUAUAUUUUAUUGAAUUAAUAAAUGGCGUUCUAAGUGAAAAAAUAAAUUAUCAAAAAAUUAAUAACUCAUUUAGACAAUUAGGAAACUGGACGAAGAUAUUUAUCGAAUUUGGUAACCAAAAUGUUAGAACAUACAUAAACAAAACAUUUGGAGCUGGAUAUAAAUCGAAAAAUAAUUUAUACGGAUUAUUAGGUUUUGGAAUAAAUAAUUCAAAAGAAAAAAUAUUUAUAGAUAAAUUAGUUAUAGGCUCUUUAGACCAAGCUAAGUAUUAUAAGGAAAAUACUUACAACCAGGUACAUAGUGUAAACAUGGAACAGGGUUUGCAAAAAAAAAAGUUAAAAGGUAGGACAAGCAUAGACGAAGUAAAUGGUACAAAAAUUGGUGACACUAAUAUGAUUAGUCAUAAUUUUACUAAUGAUCAGAUAAAUGCCAAUACACCUAAUAUCAAUGGCCCCUUAGCAAACUCAUGCAAACCAUAUCAAGAAGAUUUCAAUGCUCCACUCGAGUAUAAUUGGAUUAUGCCUUUGCAGUCUUUUUGGAGGGUUCAGAAAAACUUUGACUUAAUUCCAUUUUUUGGUUCAAAGAAAAAUAAAAAUAACUACACAAAAAUUGCUAACUGCGAUAAUCUGAAAAGCAAUGAAUAUAAUCAAAGUUUAAAUGAAGAAUGCAAUAAAAAAUUAAAAAAUGAAGAAAAUUAUUUAUAUGGUGCCCAAAAAAAUGCAGAGGAUAACUUGGUUAUACCAUCUAUUACACUUUUAAAAACAGAUAGAAUAUGUACUAAUAUAGUGUCAUAUACAUUUAGUUCAUCUAUUUCUUUAAAACCAUUUUCAAAAUCAGGAAUAGUUUUUAGAGUUUUAUCAUCAGAUAAUUUCUUAUCAGUUAUAUUAGAUAUUUCAGAUAAAACAGGAAAAUUGUAUCUUUUAAAAAUUUCAAAAGGAAUUCCAUAUCAAUUAAAUACAACAACACAUAUACCAAUCAACCAAGAUACUUGGUAUAAUCUAGUAUUAUUAUAUAACGGAUCAAAUAUAAAUAUUAUGUUAAAUGAUGAAAAUGUGUUUAAAACACAAAUUAACGAGUCUACAAUAAAUAAUAAUUUAGGGAAUGUUGGAUUAAUCGUUUUAAGCGGAGAAUCAAUGUUUAAAAACAUUUUAUUUAUUCCUCAUAAAGAUUAA